UGAACUGCAUAUUCUUCAUCUAUUUCUACCCUACAGGAAAACCCAUCAUGACAAACCACUCCUCUUUGGACAACACCAUGAGAUUCACUUCAUAUGGACCCUUUCGCCCAAUCAAUUACUUUUUUUUCACUCUCACUUUUCUUGUCUACCUCCUCUCAAUUUUUUGUAAUGUUUUUCUGAUGCUGGUGAUCUAUUUUGAAUCCAGCCUACACAAACCCAUGUACAUUUUUUUGUUCAACUUGGCAGUAAAUGGACUAAUAGGGAGCUCAACUGUUUGGCCAAAAAUCAUGGAAAACCUUCUUUCAGACACCCAGAAGAGCACAUUUCUAGCUUGUCUAGUUCAGGUCUUUUGGGGCUAUUUCUAUAUGUCCUCAGCUUACACCACUUUCUCAGUCAUGGCCUACGACCGAUACGUCUCCAUUUGCAAGCCUCUGCAGUACCACAGCAUCAUGACUCCUGGAAAAGUGAAAACACUGUUGAUUGUGGUCAACGUUGUUCCUAUGUCCACUUUAUCUAUCAUUGUGUAUCUCAUAUCCAGACUGCCGAUGUGCAAGUACACCACUCAGAACCUGUUCUGUGAUGUCAUGACACUCCUUAAUCAAUCCUGUGUGAAAAGUGCUCUGGUUAAUCUGUAUGCCACAUGCUUGUUGACAAGCUUAGUUGGUUUCCCUUGUAUUGUCGUGCUGCUCUCAUAUGCAGUGAUUCUCAAUGUGAGUCUGAAAGCCUCAAAAGAUGCACAAAAGAAAGCACUCAGCACAUGUUCUAGUCAUUUAAUCACCUUCAUUAAUUUUGGGGUGGCUACUCUUUUUUUUGCGAUUUACCACAGGUACACUACUUUUCUACCAGGAAAGGUUUAUAUAUUAAUAACUGCCGAUUGGUUUGCUUUCCCCCCUCUGUUGAAUCCAGUUAUAUAUGGGAUCAGAACACAGGAGAUCAGGAAAUGCUUUGUAAAAACAGUGAGAAAAAUUAGAUUUUCUGGGAACUUUUAGGGUAUUUACUGUUGAGUUCAGGUUACAAUCAUUUCCAGUUAAUGAAUGGAAGAUGAAUGAAUAUAAAAUGAUUUAUACUGAUUCCAAGCCAGAUAAUCUGCAGCAUCUUUCUGUUUUGGAGUGUAGUUUUGUCCCCAUUAGAUAGAAGUCUCCAACACACACACAAAGAAAAUGGUAAGGCUUUUUCUGGUGCUUCAGAAAGUAUCAUUUCCACCAGGAUCUAUGCAGUACAAAGUAUAAUUGUCACAUUACAAUAAAUUUAUUGCAAAUGAA